GAGCGGCUGCUGUCAGGUGACCACAAUAACAAGUGUCAACUCCGAUAACAACAAUCGCCCAGCUACGGUACAUAGCAGCUACACGUAUCGUAAAGAAGAGCUAACUACGGUACAGAGAUCCCCCAUAGGAGCACUAAAAACGGUACAGAGCUACAGGGGCUCCUCGUAAGGUACGAGGUACAGGGAACAUAUCUUAGGAUACAUAGCCACUGGAGCACCAAAUACGGUGCAGAGCUGAAGGUACACCUCUACGGUACAGCGCUGCAGGUACACCUCUUAGGGUACGGAACCACAAAAAGCACCAUGAAGAAGGAUCGCACAGAAAUUAGUAAUGGGCCAGUUGAGAAGGAAGAGGGCGAGUCGGACACAUACGAUGAUGAAGAUGAGGAAUAUGACGAGGAAGAAUUCUUAAAACUGAAUGCUGAACUUGAUGCCCUGAACUCUGCUCUGGACACCAUUGAACAGAGGAACGAUGAGAUCAAUAAUCGUUUGAGGAAGAUUCUAGAAGAUAAUCGUGCAGUUGCUGAAGAAAUACUGCAACAAACACAAUCAACACAAUAAUAGUAUGAACUACAUUCAUGAAUGUAUUGUUAGAGAAGUGAUAGGAGACUAUUAGUAGAGUCCAAAUUUGAUGUAGACCUGUAAAUAGUAGAUAUUUGUAGGAAGAUGAUGCAUUACUUUAUUCAGCAAAAUUUGUUUAUGCAGUGUCAGGAUUUUUAUGUUUUGUACAAAUAUAGAUAAUUGGCACUUGAUGCAUAGUUUUGUAAAAUUAUUAGUGUAAUCAAAAUCUUUCCUCUUAUAUAAUCCAGUACUGCACUUGCAUUCUGUUGUGGAAGCUAUGACCUCGUAUUUAACUCUUCAGUGAUAUAUUAAGUAUUUUAUGAUUCUGAGUCAUGAGUUAUAAUCUGCUACAACAAUAAUUUAAUAUAUUUUUGUUCUGUUGAUAAACUCUGAAUUAUUGUAUCUAAAACAUUUUUUUCAUUGAUGAGAACCUUUAUGUUCCAGCGCUAUUCCUUGCGACCCAUAUUCUAUCAUGGUGAUAAUAUUAAUGAUAACUUUAUUCUUUAUUCAAAGUUCUUUAAUUACAGUAUUUAGCUCCCAAAAAUACAUUCUCCUUUAAAAGGCAUAAUAUCCAGACCAUUAUCAUCAUAUUGUUCAUUUAUAUCCUAUACAUUCCUGUCUGUACUGGUGUGUUUGUUAGCCAGGUAAAAAAAUUAUCACUCAUGUAUAUGCAAAAUGAAUUUGGUUUUACUGUUUUGAAUAUAGUAUGUACCAUGUGUUGUAAUCAAAAUUUUGUAUUCCGAGGUAUUGCAUAAUACAGUGUCAUAAUUGUAAUGUAAGGUACAGUAUUUUAUUUAGCAAUUUUAGUUGUUUAGGUUAAUGUACAGCACCAGGUAUGAAAUGCAUUUUAAAGUUUUCAUUAACAUAAAAGUAGUAUAUUUAAUGUAAUAAACAUUCCACAUACAAUGCAAUGCCAUACUUAAAUGUAAUAGGAAUGUUGGCCAUUGUGUACUGUAUAUUUCUGAUUGUAUGAAAUACAGUGAUGCAGAAUUCAUUAUUGUUUAAAUUAAAUCAUUUAAUGAAGUAAUACUUUGAUCAUUCCUUCUACAUGUUUCAAUUACACUUGACUAUUUAGACUGGAUGUUCUUAUACUGUAUAUUACAAGAUCCACUUUUAAAUUCUAUUAAAAUGCAUAGUGAAGAA